AUGGUAUGAUUAUAAUAUUUUAUUUUUUAAUAUCUACGGCCUCGAGUAUUUAAUACCAAAGUCUAAACCAAAACAUAACAAGUCUCGGUAAUUUACCUGUGGAAUUCAGUAAAUAUAUCAAUCUGCCAGUGGGGUAUAAUCAGUCCUAUUACGUCAAUGUUUUAAAGGAGACGCCAAUGAUGUUUCAUGGUUUUUGUAGCCGUAGGGUGUUACAAUUCGCGUGGUGGUGCGUAUACAUUAUACAUGGUUAGGUUGUGCAUGUAGGUUUGAGAGAUGACUUUCGAAUGAAUUGAAACUUAUAGUGAUGUGGCCCUUGGCCUUGAUAUCGUGUUCUUCACGACACGGUGUGGGGUCUGAGCAAGUGAUAUCUAUCAUGCGUUAAAAACCCAAAUCAGAUCAACUAAAUUGAGUUACUUCAAGAUGGAUGCUGCAUGGGUUCAUAGUUAAUAACUAUGAUGGGUUUAAGAUUUUGAAUACUUUAGAUGAAUUUAUCGACCAUGUAUUGUCUGGGUUGCCAUAUUUACAUUACUCGAUCAUCAGGCAGAUAAUAUAUCGAAGUUGUUCUUGGUUUAAUAUUAUAUGUAUAUUAUUACAAUUAUUAGACAAAUUCAAUUAUAACUCCAAUCUGGUAUAUUUGUGAAUCUAGUAUGUUUUGUAUUCUAUGUAGCAGUUUUGGUAGCUUUGUUUGGAUAAGGUUUGUCUCAUUAUGACACAUCUCUACCAAUUAACCAUAAUUAUUAUUAAUUAUCUGACAUAUACAUACAUACACAACUCUGAAGGCCACAGGUUUGUUAGUGUGAACCACUAUUAUGUGAUACCCUUCUUCAAAUAUAACUGGCAUUUCUUAUACGUGAUAGAAUACAACAGUUAUAACUCUACUACAAAAAAAUAAAUACUAUAAUUUGUGUAAUUAGAAUUAUGCAAUAUAUGAUAUAUUAUGGCUUAAAGGGGAUUUCAGGCUAAGUGGCUAACAGGUCCAGCUCAGUUAGAUGUAUACUAGCACUCUUCAAGAUAACUUUAUUGAUAGUCUAUAUAAAACUAAUCAAUCAUUCAAAACUAUUUGAUUUGCAACCAAUAUAUAUUAGAUAGACAUCUUGAAUGAUAGACUAUAGAUAGCUUUUAAUUUCAUUUUCUUUCAAUAUUAGUAUUCUGUUUGAAUAAAGUUAUUACAUUAUAAAUGCCCCACCCCAAUUCAAUUGGGGGUAUAUUACCAAAAUAGUAGUCCAAAGACUGUAUGAUGCAGCAAAUUUUUUAUGUAACUGAUAAAAAGUAUUUUGUUCAUUACACUUUUUAAGCUGCUGUUUGGACCAUGGUCAAUAGAAUAAGGUUAUGAAACUUGAUACAGACAUAAUAUACCUCCUUACGGGCGGACCAUUAGAAAUCCCGGGAGAGGGGGGGGUGAAAAUUCCCCAAAAAAAUUUGUGCAAAAAAAAAAUGCCUGGAAAAAAAUUCGUGCAGCCAUUAUGUCAGAGAAAAAAAAUUCAUGCAAGCAAACAGCAAAGUACAAAUAGUCUUGAAAAAAAUUCUUGCAGAGGUUAAAUGUAUUAAAAAAAAUCCUGCAGAGACAUGAGACUAAAAAAAAUUCGUGCCACAAAAAUUUUAUUCCCCCCCCCGGAUUUCUAAUGGUCCGCCCCUUAUCUAUGUUUUUGUCUUAGUUUAUGGGGGGAAAAGGGUCGGUUCGUGGUCAUGUGUUUAUUGUUUUCUCGCCCAACCAACCAAUAGCAGUGUGUUGGUUUAAUUACCCAGUUGUGAUAUUACACAAUGGUAACAAAUGAAAACAUAGCUAUUGGUUGCUCUAGCGAAAAUACAAUACACAUGUGACGAUGACCCAACCAUUAUUUCUUGCAUAAACCAAGGCAAAAACAUAGAUAAGUGAGGUCGAUUAUGUCUGCAUCAGGUUUCCUAACCUUAUUCUGCUGACUAUGUAUCUACAAUCAUGGGAUGAUGUAUACUGCACACAUUUAAUCAUCACCAGAAUAUUUCAUGUAAACCUUUUAUAUACAGUAGACCUUGAGACCUUCUUCCCAAUAUUGCAAAGUUGAUGUACAAAACAAAUUUCACCAUGACUCAAGCUCAACAUUGAGUUGGGGGAGUGGUGGCUGAGUAACACAAUUUUACAGGAAAUUUAUCAUAAGGGAAAAGCAAAUUUUGUAUAGAGAAAAAUUUAAGCCUACUAGUUUACUUGUAUUUUAAUUAAUGUAUAGCAGCUCCAUGUUUACAGUCAUAAACUUAAGCACUUGUUUCCAGGGGCGUAGGCAGGCUUUGAGGGGCACUUUUCGAAAAAAAAGGGCAUCUAAAAAUUUUUUCCUGGAAAUGUUGGCAACGGGGGAGAGGUCAUCUCAAAAAAUUUUUUUGGACAUACCAAAAAAAAUUUUCCAGAUAUACCACAUUUUUUCCUAAGGGAGCAUUCAUUUUUUAGCUGGGGGGUGGGCCGGAGGAACUGAUGUCUAAUUCCAUGCGAAAACUUGGAACCCCCAAGACAAAAGUUGAUAAGAAAUUAUGACCCCCUAUUUUUUUUACUGAAAAUUUUUUGACCCCUCAUCCUAACUAUUAAUCCACACGGUGUCAUUUCCAUAGCGUUUCAGGGCCGUAGGAAGCUCUUUUUUAUUGUGGGGCUGAAAGCGAGGGCCAAAGGCCCGAGGAAAUUUUUAAAUCUAGAGUCUCUGAAAUGCCAUUUCCUGGCCUUUGGGGGAAGAUUUGACAGAAUUCUGAUUGUCAGAAAACAGCGUUUUAGUAUGUCGAAAUUGACAAUUUGGUAGUACUAAAUGGGCGAAGGCAUAUUUAAUUAACUAUAUAUUGGAUAACUAGGAUAAGUUGCAGGAAACUGUGGGUACUAUCUUCAUUCUUUGCAGUUUGUCAUGGAUAAUGUAGCCGCUUAAAAUUAAUAAAGCUUAAAAUUGAUCAAAAUCUGCAUGAUUUUGAAGUCAUGCAGACCUUGAAAUCAUGCAUGAUUUUGAAAUCUUGCUACGGUCCUGCGUUUUCUUUCAUUCAUGUUUUCACACAAAAACGGAUAAAAAUGAAGUCAAUUGACGAACAUCAUGGAAAUGUUUUCCUAUGGACUGUGUGAACAGAGCAUCAAAUGAGUUUUGCUUCAUUGUUAUAGAUGACGAGAUAGUUGAUAGAUUCUAGACCUUUUUACCAUUCUUGAUCCAAAUAUUUCCAAAUUCUAUAAAAUCAUAUUGGUGAUUUUUUCACUGAUUAUUUUUAUGACUCCCUCCAUUUAUACCAAAACUAUAAAAAGACCCACCCCUUUGAAGCAUGUCAAAAUUGGCUGACCCACCCCCGAAUUCCUCCGGCCCACCCCCCCAGCUAAAAAAUGAAUGCUCCCUAAAUACGAAAAACUUUUUCGUAUAAUACCAAAAAAUUUUCCGGAUAUAUGAUAUUUUUCCCAGAAAUGAAACAAUUUUUCUGGAAAUAACAUACAUUCAAGUUUUCAAAAGUCCCCUUUGGGCAAAAAAUGCAAUCUUAAUACUUUGCUCCCGGAAAAAGAGCACUUGGCAAAACUUCCCCCCCCCCGGUUCCUACGCCCCUGCAUGUUUCUGUUCAUUUUUAACUACUAUGCUAGCAUUAUUGGGUAUAUUUAGCCAGAUUGGUCAUUGAUUGUGCACGCUAGGCUGUAUCUGCUGCAUGUCCUUGUUGUCAUAUACUAAUACAUGUAGCAUGACAGGUUUCAGCAGGGGUGGUAAAAGUAUCAAACCACAGGACCACUGGUCCUAGAAAAUGUUUUGAGUUGCCAUAAAUUAUUUUCCCCAACAAAGAAAGAAAGACCAUUGUAAUACUUUAAAUAAAUAAAAGAAGAAAUUCUGAGGAAAAACUCGAACCAAUAGAAAAAUUAGAAUGUUAUCUGUACUGUAGGAAUGAACUCCGAAAUGCAAUUAUAAAUGCAUCCUUCUUAAUACUGCAAUGGUGUAUGAAUAUAUAGAUUAUAGAAUGACAUAACAAAUGUUGUAUGGCAAAUGAAGUUUUAGCCAAUUUGAGCCCAUCUGUAUUUAAGUUAGGAUCAGACCCUUGAUUAGUAUUAUUAAGUUCCCAGUGCACUAAUUAAAAUAGAUUUUAGCUGUUCAAAUAUAGCAUGGUGAUCCAGUUUGAGAACUUGUUAGUGUCACCAGUGGCAGAAAUUCUGUGAAGGUGGGGGCAGUCGUCACCCCCCCCGCCAAGAUUUUCGCCACUGAGUGUCACACGGUCACAGUGUCUGAGUGUCGAUUUAAUUGGUCUUUGCAGAAAUGCUCUCUUGUUGGUCCCAGAAAGUAAAAUACUUUUUCCACCUUGGGUUUCAGGCAAUCAGGGGGUAGCAGAAGUAGAUAAUCAAUAAUACCCAAACAUUCUAUAAUAAAAUUCUGCUACUGUAAUUAUAAUGCGACUAUUAUUAAUUAUUAUUCAGGGCCCGCGGAGCGUAUUAGAGAGUGGGGGGGGGCUAAAGGGUGAGGUUUAAUUAAUUUAGAAAGUUUCAUUUAGAUUUCUAUUUUAAUAAUUUUGGCUGUCAAAAAAAGUGGGGGGGCUAAAGCCCCCCAGCCCCCCCGUCUCCGCGGUCCCUGUUAUUCAUUGUACUGUGUUCUCGGUUUUUCAUUGGCUAAGAGCCUACAAAUAAUUUUGGGUAUUUGUAGAGGUUAUUGGAUGGCGCCGCAGAUAUUGGAGCGGUAUUUUAUGUGAAAAUACAAAUUGGCGGGAAAUUUUUAGUUGAAUUUACGAAAAGUUAAUCAAUUCAAUGAAUAUUUAUUUGUUUUCAAUUGUUGCUUGUUUUGUUUUCUUUCUGUCACAAAAUGAAUAAUAAAACAAUUAUUGAAUUCGGCUUGUGCAGGAUACCAGAAUUAUUCAGACCUCGGUCAAUGUUAUCUGCCUCAGCCUUCGGCAGAUAACAUUGACCUCGGUCUAAAUAAUUCUGGAUAUCCUGCUCAGCGUCAUCCAAUAAUUGUUAAUAAUUUAUAUACAUAAGCGCACAGGGCUGACCCUUUCUGGGAGGGAGGGGGCACUUGAACUUCUGCCAGAAUUUGUAUGGACUAUGGGGGAUUGUAAUAAAAUACCCGGCGUACUUAAUCGAUGAAAUCGAUAAUCGAUGAGUAUCGAUAUCAGUCAAUACCAAUCGAUAUUUAUCAAUCGAUUGAUAUUGGAAAUCGAUGAAUAAUCGAUGACUUGUUUUGCUGUGACUUUCAUCAAUUGAUCAUCGAUUUAUUAUUAAUUUUCAUUGAUGAAAAAUCCUCCGUUAAUAUAGGCAUGCAAUCAAACAGGUAACGCCGUAAUUUAAUUAAUGCGUACUUUAAUGUCGUAACAAACUCAAAUGUGAACGGAAUUCAGUAAUAAUGGAUUAAAUUCAGUUUUCAUUAGGCUAUAUUAAUACAGAUCAAAUACAUGUGUACAUUCGAAAAAUGCAUGAGAACAGAUUUACUAUUUAACUCGAACACGCCGACACGCGGUGAUUAUUUAGGAUAUAAAUCGAUAAAAAUCGAAAGCAUUUUGUCGAUAAAAAUCGAUAAAUAUCGAUGAAAAUCGAUGAAUAUCGAUAAUAAUCGAUAAAAUUGGCUAUAACAUUUUGUGACUAUCGAUUGGUCAUCGAUUGACCAAUGUCAAUCCAUAUCAUUUAAGUAAAUAACAUCGAUUACCAUCGAUUGAUCGAUUGGAUUUCCGAUGAUCGGUUUUUAUCGAUUAAGUACGCCGGGUAAAAUAGCAAGUUUUGUUUAACUUAAAGUUUGUGUAAAAUAAGACUGACUAAAAAUUUAAAGAACAUUACUAGUAAAACUAAAAGCUGAAACAUUUACCUCAAACAACUGAAAAAAGGAGUAGACCAUUCACGUUUCUCCUCUACAAUAGUCUACAUGACUACAUUGACAUGAGUCAUCACAUGACUACAUUGCAUUAAAUUCAGAGCUUCCACUAUUAUGGAAAUUUCCAUAUUUUAAAUUUUAUGGAAUUUUUGAAGUGAAAUGGAACUUUUUGUGGAACUGGAAAAAUGAUGGAUUCGAUGGUAAUUUCGAUAUGCAAAAUAUUGUAAUUAAUUGUUCUAAAAUAUGCAUAAAAAGUCCAAUUUUCAAGGGAAAGUUACAUAAUACAUAUAAUAUCAAUAUAGAAUUAGCUAGCUAAUAGUGCCCUCUUAGAUCUGUGUACAUCUGUGCUCUACAUGCAUGUUCUUAUAUAUCAGUGACAUCAGUCUUCCCUAUAAUUGUACGAUUGCAAGACAUGGCAUUUCUGAGCGAGACCCCAAAUUUCAGAGCUCUUACUAGCUUGUCACAAACAAAUUCUCAAAUUUCGUAUAAUUAUAGUUGUGAGAGAAAGUCUGUUAAUCUUCAAUACAACUGACGAGAGAGUAGUGAUGUUCCUCAUGUUUGCGGGCAUAAAUUUGUUUUGGCCCCACUCAUUUUAGUCCGAGCGUAGCGAGGGUUAGAAUAAGUUCAGAGGAGGGGCUGGAGGGCCAAACCGCCAAAAAUAUAUUUGUGCCCAAGAACCGGCCAGAAUUUUUUGUCAAAGUUCGUUGAUUCAACAUUUUAGUGUAAUGUACUUUAUAAUUAUAUAAUUUUCAACGUCAUCCCCCCAGUUUUCAAACAACGCUUGGUUUGUAUCUGUUGAAAUUUACACAAUACAGUAAAGCCCCGCAUAAAACGGGAUCCAUGAAUUUUGACUUCAGGCUCCGCUGAAGUGAAAAUUGUUCCUGGUUUAGAGUUUUAAACCUUUUAUUGUAUACCAUGAAACUAGUUUUGAUAAGAGAGUGUUCAUUAUUUAUACCCGGGGUUGGUACCGAAGAGAAACUAAUCGAAAAGAGAAAAAAACAACCACCCACCCUUUCGGUCAACCAUUUUUUCCCCUACCCAACUAUUGCAUGACUUGGAAUUUUAUUUUUACCCAACCCAAUUUCAAAAUUAUACAGUAUUUUACACAAGCUAGGCCACUAUAGUAUAAACAGUACUAUGCAUAUUUGGUGCACUAACUGAAUGUCACGUAUAAUCAUUUGUACCUUCACAAGUUCAUAUUAUAUUCCCAAGCCUCCAAGUUCCUGCAGUCCUACUAUGUUUCGUUGUUGUAAUCAGAGGGGAUGCCCAGUUAGAGUUUAGUUUUCUUUGUGGGGAAUGAAUGGAUAUUUCCUGGAAUGAGCCAUUUCGUUAAAUAAAGGAUUUUCAUAUUUUGUUCAAUUGAAGGUUUGUAUUGAAAAUAAUUUGCCCAACGAUAGACUUUGUUCAAAAAAUAUUUACCCAACCCUUCAUACCCCAGAAAAAUGGCUUACCCAACCCAUUUCUCUUCGGUACCAACCCCGGGUAUAAAUAAUGAAUACUCCCUAAAAUAAAUACAUGCAUGGUGUGGAUGAAAAACAUAAUUCACGCUAGCAAGAUUGCAAUAUUUUGUUUUCUUCCUAGUACCUGCUUACUAAUUCAGCUAAAAGUUUAAUAAGGUUUUUUAAGCAUAGGCGUACGGGACGUUCCGAACAUACCAAAAUUUUUCGGAACAAACAAAUUUUUCCAAACAUCACAAAAUUUAUAUAAUUUCCCCCAAAAUUUGCAGAAUUUGUCCCAUUUCUUUUUAUAAUAACCCAAUAUUGCCCGACUGUGAAGCGAAUAUUGCCCAACUGGCUUUGUUUGCCCAACAAACUGGGGUUAUUAUUAAGAGAGAUUUUAUUGCUUUGACUACUUUUUCCCCGACUUUUGCCCGACUUUUGUUGAACAUUUGCCCGACUUUUCGACUUGUAAUCCUUUUGGGGGGGCAGCUGCCGCCCCCCCCCCCCCGUCCCGUACGCUUAUGUUUUUAAGGAUUAACCAGUUUCAUUUGUCAGCCUGAAGGUGGUUCUUGUAUUUUGGGUGCUUAAUUGCCCAAAUUUCAGGCUGGUGGGUCUUAGGGACCGUCCAUAUUUAUACCCGGGGAUGGUACCGAAAAGAUAUGGGUUGUGUAAUCAAGUUCUUGACUAACUCAUGGGUUGGAUAAAAAAAUUUGUGGCUGUCUGUCAGCUAUAAAAUAAAGCCAAAAUUACCAUGCAUUGGAAAAUAUGAAGAAAAAUCUGUACAAUACAUUUUGUACAAAAAUAGACUAUCAGUGAUUGAGGAAGAGCAGGAACGUGAUUGCUUUGGCACACUCAGUAAGUUUAAGUGUGAGUGACCUUUUAGAAUUUAGGCAACUUGAUUUCUGUCACCAUAAUCUUGCGUGUUUAAUUAUUAUUAUAUUAAAGUACAGUAACACACAACCUCGUAACGAGGUUGAGUAACACAUGGGUUGGGUAAACAUUAUUUUGACCAAUGUUGAGGUUGGGUAAAUAACAAGUUUACAGCGUUUUCACGCUUCUCUUCGUGACCAAUCCCCAGUGGUGUCAAGUAGCGAAGUAAAUGUACUUCGUUACUGUACUUGAGUACUAUUUUUGAGACGUCAGCAUGUAACAAAGUAAACUUUUUCUGGAGUACUUUUACUUGGAACAAAGUUGUUUUAAGAAGUAACGCUUUACUUCGUUAUAUUCAUUUUGCGGCGAAGUAUUUCGUUACUUUCUAACUUUUGUUUAAUUUUACGUAAUUUAUUCCUGAUUAAUUUUGGGAUAGGUAAUAGGACCUUUACAUGCGUCUGGGAUUUCUCGUUUGUGACUUACUUAUAAGCAUUAUUUAUUUAAUGAAUUUCUUAUAUCUUCAAAGGGGUCUGGAAAGUAGACCAUGCCAUGAAAUAUUGUAUAUUUAUAACGCGUGUGCUGUUUUGUGUUUUUUGUAUCUCAAUUCAUCAAUGGAGAAAUACUCCCGCCCUACACUCUACAGACAACAGUACUUUUACUUUGUAGUUCAAGUACUUUUUAAGGAUACUUUGUACUUAAGUACGUUUUGCCUCCAGUACUUUUUACUCUUACUCAAGUCCUUUUAUUGUUAAUUACUUCUAUUUUUACUCGAGUACAAAUUCAAAGUAAUUUAGGCACUACUGCCAAUCCCAGGUAUGAAUAAUGAACGGUCCCUUAACCCACUGGUUCUUUUAUGCGGGGCUUUACUUUAUUUCUUCUAUUUAGCCCCCAGUCUCUUUCUAGCUCACCUCUUCUUCUAAUUAUCCCCCAAUCGAGGACCGUUGCAAUAAAAUAAGCCCACAUCCUUUAUUAUUUAAAUCAUUCUUAAUGUAGACUUUUGGCGAAAUACUGAUUAACGAUUAACAUUCUUAUAACGUCCACUGAUACAAAUAUAAAUGGUAAAUUGCAUAAAAAUGUCUUCAAAUUAAAUUUUCUCUAUUGAUGGUUCUGUAACUUAGUAUUUUUCUAAAAGAACGUGAAAAGUUUUUUAGCCCCCAGUCUCUAUUUAGCUCCCAUCCCCCUCCCCCUUCUAAUGAGCCUCCAGUCCAACACUACUGGAAAAAAUAAGCCCCCGGGGAGGUAAAUGGAGGAAUUACGGUAAGUUUAUUUUCUAAAAUAAACUUACGGCAAGUAAAAUUGCCCGCCAGAAGGAAAUAAAAAGUGAAAAGGAAUACAAUUCUGGAUGAGGGAAUUAUUAUAUUUACGACCCAUUUUAUUUGAGCACGAAAACAAAUUCAUGAUAAUUUUCGUUUGAGUACAUAUUGUUGAAGUACAUAUUACUGGAGCGGUUUGAGUACAUGUUAGAUUGUAGUAAAUUUUACUUUAUAAUUAAAUUCCUGAUUUCUUGCGUCCUGCAAAUUAUUUUGGCAGACUAUUGGAGUAUUGCACAUUUAAGUAUUUGAUACAACUUCAUUCGACAUGCCUUGAUUGAACAGGGGGUUUUUCUCUCUGCUUCUCAUCUUUCAAGUCCACGAUUGAAGAUCCUCGUGGGUGUUGAUUUUUGCAAUAACACAAUAUAAGAGAAAAGUGUACGCGUAAACAGGGCCAAGUUAGUUUUGAUAAUAGGGAGGUUUAAUUUAGAGAUAAUUGUAAAAACGUUAAAUGGCUUGCCGGCGAUCAACACCAUGUUGUGUAAUUGCUAUGUGUCAGGUGCUUGACCUCUACUAUUGCUCCAAACGUCUAAAAGUGGUCUUCCUUAAAGCGGCUCACUUGUUUUGUUUAAUAUGAUUCGUAUAGGCCCGUAUACGCCGUGGUCACAGAAUAGACUACACAGAAGCCCGACGUUUUGGUUUUUCCUAUGAUUUUCCAAUGAUUUCGGUGCAACCGUAAUUCGUCAUCAAAAUGCUGACGCCAUGGUCCUAGCCAGUGCGCGUUUGAAAUAAUAUAUAUGUACUAAAUAUCUGGCCUGUUUUUAAUGUUAUGACUUAUUUACACGUUUUGUAGGGGAUUUGUUGGUUUACUGUUAUAAAAGCAACAUUUGAAUGGAAACGAAAACGACUACGGUCAGGGACGCCGGAACUGGGGGGCAGGGCGGGCGGCUGCCCCCCCCCCUGCCUUUUGCUAGGGGGGGGCAGAAGUGCCCUUUUAGUUGUAAAAUUCUACGUGAUAAAUCACAUUUCCAACGAUUCACAUCUCGCACGCGAUCAAAUCUCGUACUCGUACUCGUAGUCAAAUCUAAAGCUCCGUAUUCACCCCCCUGAUACCAUUCGAAAUGGCGGACGUUAAACGCGCACCAGUGAACUCUAGACGCGCACUGGCUAGGACCAUGGCGUCAGCAUUUUGAUGAUGAAUUAUGGCGUGGCAGCGAUUACUCGAGUCGAUCUUCCGAACUCAAAUUGAACUCUUCUUGAACUCAAAUUUUGUAAAUCAGGGAGGUCUUCCAACAAACUAAAAAUGGCUUGCGCACAAGAAUUAAAAGCUUUACGUAUUUCGAGUUAAUGGGUGGAAAAUGUGUUCACUGUUGGGUGUUUAAUUAAUUGCUGCGCGAAAUUUCAGGCAAUUUGCUCCAGUUUAUUCACGCAAACUUACAUUUAUUCCUAAAAAAGAUCAGCCUUUUGGCGUUUUGCAUGCUUAAUUAAUCCACUUGCCUAACUUGCAUAUUGCAGCAAUAUGCAAAUUAGGUAAAGGCAUUAAUGAAGUAUGCAAAAGGCUGAUUUUUUAGGAAAAAAUGAAUAGUUAAAGGGCUUAAACUAAAGCAAAUUGUCUGCAAUUUUGUACAGUAAUUAAAAACCCAACAACGUUUCCAUCAAAAUACAAUUAAAGGUUUUAAAUUUUGUGCGCAAACCAUUUUUAAUUUGUUGCAAAAGAAACACCCCCCUGGUUUACAAAAUUUGAGUUCGAGUAUUUUUUUCAUUAUUUUACAUUAUGGGUACUCAAGGAAUCUAGAUAUAAUAUAAACUUGAUGCCACGAGCUGUUUUGCGAAAUUGAGAGCAAUUUCAAAUCGGUUCAGUUUUUUUUAAUAUACCCUAUAUAUACAGGAACUUGUGGUUUAAUAGAGCUCGACAAUUGGAUUCUGUAGCUCAGUUGAUUACAGUGCUCACCGGAAUCACAGGACGCAGAUACGAUUCGUUCCAGACUGGGCAAGUUGCACUUUUCGCACUGCUCUUGCAUGUGGGCUGUUAGGCCCAAAUAAAUAUGAACCUCUUUCAGCAAAUAUAAGUAAAACUAUAAGAGAUUUCUCUAAACUAAAUAAACCUGAUUUAAUACCUCUAAUAUUGCAACCAACUAGAGUGACAGAUCACUCUGCUACUCUAAUUGAUAAUAUAUUUUUUAAUUCACUUGAAUAUUCUGUAAUAAGUGGCAAUAUAGUAUAUGAUCUUACUGAUCAUUUACCAAAUUUUCUGAUUAUAAAUAAAUAUGAACCUCUUUCAGCAAAUAUAAGUAAAACUAUAAGAGAUUUCUCUAAACUAAAUAAACCUGAUUUAAUGAAUGAGUUAAAUAGUAUAAAUUGGCCAGAUGUAUUUGCAACUGACUUAGAUCCAUCACAGGUGUUUAAGAUAUUUUAUGAUAUUAUUUCUGAGAUAAUUGACAGGCAUAUACCUGAACGUCCUAUGACUAGAAAAGAAAAGAAAUUUGAGUCAAAGCCUUGGAUUACACAUGGCUUAAAAGUGUCUAUCCAAUUAAAAAAUAAAUUGUAUAGGAAGUGGAUAAAAACAAAAUCUACUUAUUACCAUGCUAAAUUUAAAUUAUAUAGAAAUAAAAUAAAUCAUCUCCUAAAAAUUAGUAAGAAAAAAUAUUAUAAUGAAUAUUUUAUUAAAAAUAGUAAGGACAGCAAAAAAGUAUGGAAGGGCAUUAAGGAAAUUGUGAAAUCAAAGCCUCAACAAUUCAAAUGUACAAAAAUUAUGAAUGGAAAUCAGGAAAUAAGUGAUCCCAAACUUAUUGCAAAUAUUUUUAAUAAUUAUUUCUCAAAUGUUGGUAAGAAUUUUGCAGAUUCAAUACCAACUGUUCAAAACACUCCAACUGAAUACCUAGAAAUACCUAUUAGAAACAUUUUCUUUAUUUCUCCGACUACUAGAGGGGAAAUUGAACAAGAAAUUAGUAAGUUUAAAUCAAGUAAAGCUGUUGGUCCCUUUAGUAUACCAAUUUUUGUCCUCAAAAUGGUUAAAUCAGUCAUAUCUGAACCUCUAGAAUAUUUAAUUAAUAUGUCAUUCUCUAAUGGAAUUGUUCCAAAUGACUUUAAAAUUGCGAAUGUCAUACCAAUUUACAAAAAAGGUUCUCUUAGUUGCACAUGCAACUAUAGACCUAUCUCACUCCUUUCUAUUUUUGACAAAUUAUUAGAAAAGUUAUAAGUUAAUGUAUAAGAGACUAUUAAAUUUUUUGAACAAAAAGAGAGUCUUAUUUGAAAGGCAAUUUGGUUUUCGCACCAUGUAUUCAACUGAGUAUGCAAUUUUAUCAAUUGUAGAUAAAGUACAAAAAGCAAUUGACAAUCGUAAUUAUGCAUGUGGAAUAUUUUUGGAUUUCAAUAAGGCUUUUGAUACUGUUAAUCAUGAAAUUUUAAUUCAGAAAUUAUCUUGCUAUGGGGUAAGGGGCGUUGCUUGCAAGUGGUUUAUCUCAUACUUACGUAACAGAAAGCAAUUUGUAACUAUAAAUAAUGAAACAUCAAACAACUGCCCAAUCAGCUGUGGUGUUCCACAGGGUUCAGUUUUAGGACCUUUACUUUUUCUACUAUAUAUAAAUGACUUUCAAAAUUGUUCUAAAUUAUUUGAAUUUACGCUAUUUGCUGAUGAUGGUAAUUUGUUUUUUGAGGAUAAUAACUUAUCCUCUAUGGAAGCAAAUAUAAAUUCUGAAUUGGUUAAUAUUGACAAUUGGUUGUGUGCAAAUAAAUUGUCUCUUAACAUUGAAAAAUCUAAUUAUGUAAUAUUUCAUGCUAGACAGAGAACUGUUAGAGAUAACUUCAACUUGUCAAUGAUGAACCAACCUCUUAAGAGAGAUACUUCAAUCAAGUAUUUGGGUAUUCUUAUUGAUUCUAAUCUCAGUUGGAAAAGUGAAGUAGAAAGUAUUGCUAAAAAAAUAAGAAGGAGUGUUGGUAUAAUUUCAAAACUUCGUCACUAUGUUAAUAAAAAAAAUACUAUUAAAUCUUUACUAUUCACUGAUUUAUCCUUUUCUAAUUUAUGGUUUACUAGCGUGGGGAAAUACUUAUAAAACAACAUUGAACCCCAUCUAUAUUCUUCAAAAGAAAGUUAUUCGAAUUAUAACUUUUUCUAAAUUUGAUGAGCAUACAAGUCCACUUUUUAAGGAACUAAAAAUCCUUAAAUUUCCCGAUCUUGUAACAUUCCAUAUUUCAAUUUUUAUGUAUAAAUUUCAUAAUAAUAUACUACCGUCAAUUUUUGAGUCAUUUUUCACAAGGGUUGAUCAAGUGCAUAAUUAUAGAACUAGAUCUUCCACGAGUGAAUCUUAUUAUAUUCCAAAAGUUCGAACCAAUUAUGGAUUAUUUAAUGUUAGAUAUCAAGGUCCAACUACAUGGAAUUCUAUACCUAAAGAAAUUAGGUAUGCUUCCCUUUCCAAAUUCAAAAAUCAAUUUAAAAAUGAUUAUUUUCAGACAUACUAACCAGAAUGAUACUAAGGAGUCUGCUACCAGUUGCAAAUGCAUCUAAGAAUGAUUGUGUGUUGUGUGCCUUUGUUGCCAUUUUUACCGACUCACUUAUCAUAAUUUUAUUACGGUAUUAAAAAGUAAACUGGCAUCCUGGUAUUUUUAGCUAUCCCAGGUUAUUUCAGGAUUGCCAGGACCCUAUAAUGAAUUGUAAAAUGUUUAUUGAUUUAAUGUCUUUUAUUGUUGUAAAAAUGGGUCAAUAAAGUUUUUGUCUUGUCUUGUCUUGUCUUGUCUUGUCUAGGCCUGAAAAUUGUAUAUGACUCCCUCUCGAAAUUUCCAUCUACAAAAAAACCUUAUAUUAAGCCAAUAUCACGGUUUUAAAUUUUUUUCUGUAAUAGAGUGGUUUUGGAGGUGGCGUUCGUUGCAAAGUAUGCGGGAAAGCUGUUUACCAUGCUGAACGAGCGGAAGGGAGUCCUGAAUUUCACAAGAUGUGCUUGAAGUGCUCGUUAUGCAAUAAGCUUUUGGAUAGUACAACUGUUACGAUGCACGAAGGUAAGGACAUUAAGGAACAGACUAUACGCUGUUUAGGGACCGGUCAUUAAUAAUGGGAGGGAGGAGCGGUGUGUGAGAAAAGAGGGGCGGCUUCAAACUGAAAAUAUGUGAGAAGGGGCGACCCCAAUUUUUUAAUGAUGAAAACAUAAAACACUGAAAAAGUUACUAUAAUUAUGUUAUAUUUUAUAUAAUAGAAUAAUAUGAAACAGUUCGACUCAAAUACAUCUUAAAUAGUAUUAAGUCGGAUUUCCAGUCCUCGCACGAAGCUCCUCGCUGCGAGUGAUGCAUGAGCACUUCCAUCCAAUCACAAUGCUAAACCGUUAAUUCUAAUUAGAUGCAAGCACUCUUCGUGCGAGGACUGGAAAACCGCCUUUAGUCUGUCUUACGGGGGAACUUUAAAACUUAUUCUUAACUAAAAAUUAAUUUUAAUGUUAAAUAUGAAACAAUGCAAAAAAAGUUCACCAUUGAAACAAAGGGACCCAUACAAGGCACCUGCCAAGAAUUUAGAUGUUGUGUACUUAAAUGUUACACAUAUUAGUAUAUACGCGUGUAUAUUAAAAAUUCUUAAAUGGACGAAUGAAUUAAGAUAGAGAAAGUAUAUAUGAUAGGAAGUGUAGAGUAAAUAAGCAAGACACGUGCAUGUGGAAAGAUAAAUAAUGACAGAUGAGACAGACAUGCAUAGACAUACAAGGACAAUACACCAUUACGAUGAAAACAUGCAGCAUUUGCAUAUAGAGUGUAGUUUUUGGAAAUGUAAGUCAGCGACGGUCCUUGCUCCGUGGCUAUGAGUCCUUCGCUGCAUUCUUUACACAACAAACUGAAUGAUUGGCUGAUUAAUUAAACUAGUGGGCCAAUCAGCGAAGCAAACUUCCUGACAAAGGCUAAGCUUGCUGUGUGAACAAAGUCUGUCAAAAUAUUUAAAGAUAUGUCCACUCGUGUACGAAUGUGCGAACUUUGCCCGUUUUUAACUGCUAUAUUUGUAAAAUAUGAUAUACUAACUGAAUAUCUAACACUUUUCUGGUUCGCCAUGCUUGUAAAUGAAUAUAAACUCUACGUUUCAAUUCAAAAAAGUUCGAAAGAUGCAAAAUUUCGGCAAUGUUUAUCUGGGGGGCCCCUUUUGUUAUGAGCAGAACUGAUGCGCAGAACGGAGUGGACAUCAUCUUUAAUGUAAUAUUGCCUUCUGCUAUAAGUUCCCAUUCAUGCCUAUAUUUGUACAGAGGUUAGGUUAGAAAUAUUAGACACCUUAAGAUUCAUUUGACGUUUAUUUUAUUUACGCCUAACCGCAAACCGCGGUUUGCCGUUAGCGGUUUCACGUUUGCCGUACUUGCAAAUAUGAAAUUAAGAUUGACGUUUUUCUUCGCGUUCAAUUUUUUUCCGUCGAAACUAUAGGAUCCGUUUGAAUUGUGCCAUCCUGUCAAAAAAACAAAUGUCACUACCAAUUUGUUAAAAUGAAUUGAAAUAUGAAAGUAUAAAUGUAAGUAAGAAAUAUGCAAGUAUGUUUAAACACGGACUGUGAAAAGGUCAUCAAUGAUUUUGAACUUGCUUUAUCGUGAAUGUUCAAAUGUAAACGUAUAUUAAUUUAAACGAUUCAAAACACGACUUAAAAUAAACAAAUCUCCAUUUAAGAAAUCUAUCAUACCAAAAUCGGCCACAAAAUAUUGAACUGACAAUCGAAAUUUUCAUGUUUGUUUAACCCAAAUAAAUUAGAGAGUCGAUUGGGCGCCAUGUUGUCUAUAUAUAGUAUAUAUCGAAUUUAUACAUGGAAAAUUUGAAAUUAAACGAGACUUACCUGUAAGUUGAAGUUUGAUUGGAAUUCUGCGAGUCAUCAACAGGGAGUGAAGGAGUUGUACUAGAGAGUGCAGCGCAUGCGCAAAACCAGUCUUAAGAGCACAAUUCCCCAAUGACAAUUUUGUAAUUUGGGUGGGUUUAUUAUUUGUAAUAAAAAAUGGGCGGGAGUACAACUCCUUCACUCCCUGUUGAUGACUCGCAGAAUUCCAAUCAAACUUCAACUUAUAGGUAAGUCUCGUUUAAUUUCAAAUUCUACUUCGUCAUCAACUCGGUCGUUCCGGAGUUGUACGAGAUUUCAGAGACGUCAUUGAGUAAUUGUAGCGUGGGUAGCGAUGAGAAACAGUGAUACCCACUGUAAGUGCAAUAUUAAAUGCACCAGCAAAAAACACAACAAUGUUUUAUUAUAUUUGUCACAUAAUAAAUGCACAAUGUAAUAUGAACAAGGAACUUUAAAGAUUAUAGGAACGUUAAAUAGAGUUAACAUGUUGAAAUCCAAAAUAGCUUUUCCGAAAUUAAAACUUGAUUCCGUGGGCUUGUUAUAGAAACGUUGAAACGUCUUUUCAUUCGACCAACCAGCAGAGGACAAAAUAUCUUGGAUAUUAUUAUUACAUCCUGCAAGAUGGGAUAAUGAAGCCGCUCUGGUACUAUGUCCCUUGAAUUUUGAUAUGUCAAUGCCAGAUGAACCAAGCACUGUUUUACACCAACGAGAGAUUGUGUCUUUUGAUACCGGACCAUGAGGUUUUACAUAGCUUAUUAAUAACUGCUGACUUUUGCGAAGGGCAGCUAUUCGUCUGAUGUAUUCUCGAAUAUGUGUUAAAACACAUACAGUUUGGUCUUGUGGGUAUCCAAGAAAUUCAAGUGCUUUAAUAUGUUUUCCCACUCGUGAUUGUUUGAUCUCGUUCGCAACAGUGAACACACAUUUUCCAUCAGUUAGUUGCAUAUGUUCAAGAGACAGGCAGUUUAUAGUCUGGGAACGUUGACCACUCAAUAGUCAUAGUAUAGAAAGGUCAAAUGUAGAGUGAGAUCUUUUAGACUAAGCUCCAGUAUAGGUGGCUGCUUGCGAAGAUGAUUAAGAACAACGCUUACAUCCCAAAUUGUCUGGUAUCGGGGGAAACAUGGUUUCAACCCAUACAACCCUUUCAUGAAACGUUUAACAACUGGUAAAUGCCCAAAUGGCAUAUUUACAUCAUGCAACUGUAGAAGACUGGACAAGGCACUUCGUGCAGUGUUAACAGAACUAUAAGACAUACCAGAGUCCGAUAACUGCGCCAAAAAAUCCACCGCAAAUGUAACAGGCGGCGAUAUCAUAUCACACUUAUGUUGCGCGCAAAAUUCUUGCCAUUUGAUAAUUUGAGAUUGAUACUGACUAUGAGUACCUGCUCUCCAGGAUGCCAAUAUAAUUUUUAUGGAGCUUUGGGACAAUCCUUGGGCUUUAAGUUUCUCCCCGAUAAGAGACAAAUAAGUUCCAUCUUUCUGUGAAGUGGAUGAAUUUGAUCGGGGGCUGAUGGAAGUCUCAAGAGGCUACGUGACGGUCUGCACACUAUUGGUGGUGCAAUCUGUAAUGAUUUCAGAAUGGGGUACCAAGCCUGAGUCGUCCAAUUGA